AUGACUGAUUUGUUAGCCCACGUAGUGCAACACCAGGGCCAACAUCCUGUCCAGCAACCUGGGAACCCUGGCAAUCCAGUAGAGGGUGAAGAUCGGGCCCUCGAGAGAUUUCAAAAAUUCUCUUCGCCAAAAUUUCUAGGAGGGCCAGAUCCGGACGUGGCCGAAAGGUGGUUGGAGAAAAUGAUAGACAUUUUCGCCGCCCUACACUAUUCAGAGGAAAGACAGGUUACUUUCGCUAUCUUCCAGUUGGAAGGGACCGCCCGUUCUUGGUGGAACGUGAUACGGAUGAAGUGGAACCAGGAGCAAACACCAAGAACAUCGGUGAACUUCAUGAGGGACUUCAACGCGAAAUACUUUCCACCUCUAGUCCAAGAAAAGAAGGAGGACGAGUUCAUUAGGCUCCGUCAGGGGACUCAAAUGGUGGCUGAGUACAAGAGCCAGUUUACUCGAUUAUCCAAGUUUGCCCCUGAACUCAUUCUGACAGAGCAAAGGAGAGUUCGGCUUUUUAUUCAGGAGCUAAAUGUGGAAAUUCAAAAGGAUCUGGCAGUAGCCCAAAUCAAUACCUUUAGUGAAGCCGUGGAGAAAGUUUUGCGAGUUGAAAAUGCAAGGCUUCAAGUUAGGAACUUCCAGGUGAAAAAAUGGGGAUUUUCUGCGAGUAGUUCGACUCAAGGGGAUAAAAGUACCCCUCCCAAGUUUGGAAAGGGAGCCGGAGGAGGAAGGCUACCGGGAAUGGCACGAGGGACUCAGCCAAGAGGUGGUCAAAAUGGACGGGGACCACAGAGAAGUGCCUCACAGGGAAGUUCGGCAUCGGUUUCUCGUGGGCCUUGUGGAUUUUGUGGGAAACCAAACCACACCGAGUACAAUUGUUGGAGGAAGGAAAGGAAAUGCUUAUGCUGUGGGAGUGCGGAGCAUCAAAUAGCCAACUGCUCAGUGUUACCUCGAGAGGCGAGAGUAACCACCCAAUCAUCGAAGGCCAACUCGGGGCAGUCCAAGAUGGAAGGGACAAAGCCGAAGGUGCCAGCUCAGGUAUACUCCCUUGAGCAACAUCAAGUCCCUGAUUCAUCUGGGGUCGUAGAAGGUACGAUCCCUAUCUUCCAUCAUCUAGCAAGGAUUUUGAUAGACCCUGGUGCUACCCAUUCCAUUGUUAACCCAGAUUUUAUGUGCGGAAUUGAUAUAAAACCUGUUAGCUUGCCUUAUGACUUGAAGUUAGUACUCCUAUGGGGGAUCAACGUUUGA